GGUCACCACAAUGUCUUCGGCAAAGCGUCGCGUAGAACAGGUCUCCGGCCAUGUCCAGAAUCCGGAUCGAUCACCUAAAAUAAUAUGCCAAACAAAAGAGCAUUCGAAAGGCAACACCGUGGCCACCAUCACUUUCCACAACCCAGCCAAGCUCAACACCGCAAGUAACCAGCUCCAGAACGAGCUGAUAGAAGUGUGCGAAAGACUCAGCAAGGACGAAACUCUCCGCGUGGUCGUCCUGACAGGUGCUCCACCUCUGGCUGCUGGCAAAGCCCCGGCGUUCAUUGGAGGCGCCGAUAUCCAGGAAUUGAGUCGCCUAAGCUCUUCUGACGAUGCUCGAAAAUACAUCACUCAGAUCCACAAGACAUGUCUCGCAAUUCAGAAUAUUCCAGUUCCGGUCAUCGCUCGCGUCCAUGGAUAUGCCCUUGGCGCUGGUCUCGAAAUCAUGGCGGCCUGCGAUCUAAGAGUCGCAACCCGAGCUAGCAAAUUCGGUAUGCCAGAGCCCAAAAUUGGACUGCCUUCUGUGGCCGAAGCUGCCCUUUUUCCCAGCAUGAUCGGCAUCGGUCGAACGAAACGACUCGUAUAUCUUGGCGAAGAUAUUCCUGCAGAUGAGGCAUUGUCAUGGGGCUUGAUUGAGCGUGUCGUUGGCAACGAGGCUGAGCUUGAUACGGCGGUCAAGGAGUGGGUGGACAGGCUAGUUACGAUGGGUCCUCAAAUCCUUCGGGUUCAGAAGCGUCUUGUAACCAAGUGGGAGAAUAGCACGCUGGCUGAAGGUAUUGAGGCUGGUGUAGAGACCUUGGCCGAGGUAUACGAGGAUGGCGGCUCGAUAGCGAAGAAGAUGAUGGCGCCUCUGCUGAAGAAGUGAAAUUGGUCAAUGGAAAUAUAGAGCAUCCGCCACGCCGGCUUCACGCUUUUGUGUUCCCGGAGCUUGCACAUAGCAGUCUGAUAGAGCAUCGCAAAUAGCAGUCAG